UGCAUAAGGAUAGCCACGUGUCCUCUUCAUUCCGUCCCUCUUUUUCCUCCUGUUGCCACCUCUCCCCUCCGCGUCGCACCCCGUCCAAUGGCGGCGCCCGCGCUCCUCUCCGCACCGCCCCCUCUCCCACCAAUGGAAGAGGAUGGUCUCACCUCCCACGUCGCACCAAGCCCAACCACACCCCCACCCCCGUCAAAGCGCGGUUUCUUGCGUGGGCGGCCGCCCAUCAGGGUGACAUCGGAGUUCGACAGCGAGCGCCAGCUCUUUUCCCACCGCAUCUCCUGCCGCGUCCUCAACGGCCUUGCGAAGCUCCGUUUCCGAGUUCACCACGGGGCCGCGGGAGGGGCCCCGACUCCCGAGGUGGCGCUCAUGGGGCGGAACUUCUCCGCCGUCGUCGACACCGCCUCCCGCGGCGCCGUGCUGCGAGGAACGGCCGACCUUGCUGGAUCGCUCCACCUUAGUGCGGCGCACAACACGAAGAAUUACCAGAAUGGAGAGCAAUCUUACAUUCAUAUUGGCUGUUCGACACACUGUUUGUCCAUCUCUUGUGACCAUGAAUAUGAUGAUUCCACUGUUUCCUGCAUUCACAUGGAUAGAUACUUCCAGUUGAAGUACAACAGUAGAAAGCUAGUGCUGAACCUCCUUGCUAGCCGGAUUCAUGGUCCAUGUACCACAGGCCUCUACAUCUGGUUCCGGUCCCAAUCUUCCUUCCACUUAGCCUCUCCUGAAUCAGGAAUACAUAUUUGUCAACGAUUACAUGACAAUCUAUUUGAUCAACCAAUGCGUUUAGAGAGAGUAAAUUCACAGGAAAUACCGGUAAAUCUUCCUUCCACUCAGCCUCUCCUGAAUCAGGAGGGACAAGGAGAAGUGGCAGUAACUACUAGUUUGGGAGAUUCACCAUGCAAAAUUGAGUUAUCAUCGCUGGUUCCUCCUGAUGGAUUGCCAAGAGCAACCUUCUUGUUUCCUAACGGGGAAGUUUCAGUCAAGGAGAAGAAGUUGGAUGAGGGUGAGAAAAUUUUGUCAGUAAAUGGUAUAGUGAAGUCUCAUGUUCUGAAUGGAGUUUGCACUGCAUUGUACAAUGAUAAUAUGAUGAAUAUCAAGUAUCGCUAUAAGGAUGAUGAGCUAUCAUUUAUUCCCAGCCUCACUUUACCAUCAAAUUCACUAUCAUUUGCAUUUAAACGCCAGUUAACUCCUUCAGACAAGUUCAGUUACCGGUACCAUUUUGACACGAACUACUGGAGUGCUGUCUAUAAACAAAAGGCCAGUAAGCAUGUCAAAUGGAAAGCAGGUUAUGGGUCGGACGAAAGGCUUGGCUGGGCAUCUGUUUGGGUUGGCGACGCAGGCGGCAAGACAAAGGAGGCCCCCCUGAAGACAAAAGUCCAACUCAUGAUAAAAGUCCCUCAGAACAAUAUACAUAAUUCAACUGUGGUGUUCCGGGUGAAGAAAAGAUGGGAUUUUUAGUUUGGAUAUUUAUUGCGCAGAGAAGGUGAGCAACAAUAAGAAAUUUGAAUGCAUGUGCAUCCGCUGUGUGUGGAAAUUGAAAAGACAAUAGUAUGUUACUCCCUGUCGCCAGUUGAAGUUAAACUGAAGCGUUUGGUAGGAGGUUUGCA